AUGAAUCGCCGAGCUAGAUUGGCGCUGGUUCUAGGGUUAGUCUUAGCGUUAGGUCUACCAGACUCGUCUUCAUCGCAACAGCCGCCCGAAACUCGGCGCGCAGGCCCCACAGCUGCAACACUACCACCGUCAUCCAAUGGCGUCACGCCAGAUCGGUACAUCCUACAGCUCUCCAAUCAACCCGCCAAUCUCGGCCCGCUUCCGGCGGUCAAGGCCCAAAACGCCUUCCGCGCAGGGCAAACCGUCGUGCCGGCAGCGUUAAGCACGCAAGUGGGAACCCUUGCUGGUAUGACCUUGCCACGCAAACCGCCUGCUGGCUCGUCCUCGCCGAACAACCCAGCCCUAACGAAUAUUCUCAAGUCUGCUGCGAAGAACAUGGUGAAUAGGGUUACCCAGGGCAACGUGACCGAUCUCCUUAGCGGGGUGGUGCAGGCUGGGGACGAUGGGUUCGCCUACGCACAGGGGUUUUCUCAGGGAAGUUACUACGGCUCGUUCGCCACCUUUUACGGCGAACGUGACGGAUCGGGAACGAUGGGAGGCGCGUGCGGGUACGGCAACAUGUUCCAAACGGGGUACGGAUUAAUGACGGCCGCCGCGUCGUACGCUCUCUUCGACAACGGCAAGGCGUGCGGCGCGUGUUUCGAAGUUAAGUGCCUUGGUUCCCCGGCAGUCCCGGGCAAGAACGUCUGCUCCGGAAAGACGGUAACAGUUACCAUCACGAACAGCUGUCCGCCCGGUGGUAACGGCGUGUGCAACCCGCCGAAGCAUCACCUGGACAUGUCAGAAGCUGCGUGGGGGGUGCUGUCGGGCGUGCGCGGCGCGGGGAUUCUGGAGACGCAGAUGCGGCGCGUGCCGUGCAAGAAGAACGGCGGCGUCGCGUUUAUGCUCACGGGCAACCCGUACUAUUUGCAAGUGCUCGUAUUUAACGUCGCAGGCCCGGGAAAUAUCAACAAGUUGGAAGUCAGCGACGGAAGCACGUGGGACGUUAUGGAUCACAAUUGGGGCGCUUCGUACUCCAAGAGCAAAAAGUACGGCGGCAAGGAGCUGUCGUUCCGGCUGACGGCCGUCAGCGGUGACGUCCUGACUGUCAACCGCGCCGUUCCGUCCAACUGGUAUAUCGGCGCGGCGUAUAUGUCAAGGGUGAACUUCGGCAGCAGCGGCGGAGGAGGUGGCGGUUCCAGCGGCGGUUCGAAGGGUGAUUCCAACGGUAACUCCAGUCCGAAGAAGAAGCAUCCCGGCAAACCCAAGAAGAAGAAAUCUCCGCCGCCCAGCGAUAACAACCAGUCAAACUCCCCGUCUCCGCCCAAGAAGAAGAAAAAGUCUCCACCUCCCACCGGUGACCAGUCAACGUAUAAGUCUCCGCCCAAGAAGAGCGAUACGCAGAGCACGAAGAAGAAGAAGAAGCAUAAGAAGCAGAGCGACAGCAGCAGCAGCAGCAGCAGCAGCAGCAGCAGCAGCAGCAACAGUAACAAGAACAAGAACAACAACAACAACAACAAUGGCCGCAAGACGCUCGAGAUAUGGGGCCCGCUUGAAGAGAUUCAGCUAUCGGAUUGGGAACGCGAUGCGCUUCUGGGAAAGGUAAUGGAGGUUAAUGUGACGGCCGGGGCAUUUGGACAGCACUAA